AUUCGCAGAGAUACAGACGGUGCCAUUUCCCCCGGCUCAGGUUUAAGAUGCAGCGGCUGCUGGGCUCCCGCUGGCUGCUGGCCGGAGUCUCCCUGGCCGCCGGUGCUGGCCUGGGGCUCGGAUUCAGGAUCCCCAGGGAGGAAUCCCUCCAGCCCCUGUGCCGCUUCCCGGUCAUCCCUAUCCCGGCUGUGGCCGCCGAUGCGAUCGGUGGCGGCGGCGGCGGCGGCGGCGGCCCGCUGGUGCCCUCCCCGCCGGCUCCGGCGGCCAGCCGGGCGGCCGAGGUGAUGAGGUUCGGCUUCCCGGCCGUGACCCAGAUCAAGAGCCGCGACUCCUAUGUGCUGGCCUACGACCCGCGGACCAGGAACGCCGUGUGGGUGCUGGAGCAGCUGGACGCCGCCCGGCUCGGCCAGUCCGGCUCCGACCGGGGCCGCUGUGAGUUCAGGGAGGAUGAUUCGGUUCACGAGUAUCACCGAGCCCGCAACAGCGACUUCAAAGGCAGCGGCUUCGACCGGGGCCACCUGGCAGCGGCCGCUAACCACAGGCACAGCCAGAAAUGUAUGGACGACACCUUCUACCUCAGCAAUGUGGUGCCCCAGAAUCCUAAUUUAAAUCAAAACAUCUGGAACAACCUGGAGAAGUAUUGCCGGAGCCUGACCAAGUACAACAAGAAUGUGUAUGUCUGCACUGGACCCCUCUAUCUGCCACGGGCGGAGCCAGACGGGAAGCUUUAUGUGAAAUAUCAGGUCAUCGGGAAGAAUAGCGUUGCAGUCCCGACACACAUCUUUAAAGUGGUGAUACUGGAGAAGCACAGUGGAGAAAUUGAACUGCGGUCGUAUGUGAUGCCCAAUCAGCCGGUGCUGGAGAAUACCCCCCUCAACCACUUCCUGGUGCCGAUUGAAAGCAUUGAGCGGGCUUCCGGCCUGCUCUUUGUCAGUAAUAUUCUAAAAAGAACCAAUAAUCUAAAGGCCAUAACUGCUGGCAGUAAAUAACAGUACAUCAGGUAGAGACCAAGUUCAGAAUUUUCCUGGAGGGAAGAUAAAUAUUGCUGCUUAAUGAAUUGCUUGAAAUUGUAAAGUUUAUUCCUAACUCACAAGUUAAUUUAUUCAAAUUAUUUGAUCAUUUGAAUGUUUUUAAGCACCAAAUAUCUCCAUUGCUACAUUAGUUACAUUACCUAAUCUGCAUUAUUAUUGAAUAAUUUAUCAUUUUUAAGUGCAGAGAAGGCAGUGUUGAAUUACUGAGAGUGGACUAUUAUGAAUGUUUUAAGAUAUAUUUUCUUACUGGUAGAGAAAGUUAUUUCAGACUAUCUUGCUGUAGCUUCCAGAGUUCAGAUGGCUCUGAUCCUUUUUUAAAGUCAUUCUUCAGAUGUAGGUGUCACUGCUAGUUGUCGCUUGACAAGAUGGAGCUGGAGUCCAGUGAUAUAUUUCCAAGUUAGGAUGAUGUGUGACUUGGAAAUGACCAUGUUCCUGUGCGCCUGCUGCCCUUGUUCCUCAAAUUGGUGGAGGCCGCAGGUUUGGGAGGUGCUGCCUUGGUAAGUUGCUGUGAACAGUCAGCAUGAGAUGGCCAACGUCGAGGGAUCAUUUGAAGAGGCAGGAAAAGAAGCUGCAACUGGAACGCUGUUGUGGUGCUACAUUUUUAAAAAAUCAUACAUGUAAUAAAGCCUUUAUUUAAUUAAUUAUUCCAGCUUUAACUUUUCUACUGAGCAGGGAGGGAAGUUUAUAACAAACUUUUAACCUUAUUUUUGUGUGGAGAAAAUAAAAAUUAAUUUUGCAAAAUUUGAGAAUGUACAUUUAAAUAACGCAUUGGCUCUGUUUGAGGUACCACUUGGACUCAGAUUUGAAACUUACUGUAAGGUGUUAAAAACAGAAAGUGGUGGGAAAUACCAGCAGGUCUGGGUAGCAUCUGUGGAGAGAGAAACUGUUAAUGUUUCAGAUCUGUGAUUUUUGGGAGGUUUUUUUUUAAUGAAAAGUUGCAGAGCCAGCAGGGUGCUUGUAGUUGGUUGGCCAUCAAGUUGAUGUAUUUGCUCCUGGUCACACUGACUGAUGAUAACACAUUGCAAGCUUUUUGGGAAAGAGAUGAUGUUUAACAUUUAGUACCAUUUCUUUUAUAAAGUACAUUGUUCAUUGUGACAUGUAAACACCAGGAUCAUUACAGUUUGUUUAAUUUUUGAUAAAAGAAAAAUAAAAUUUUGAUCAUAAAGGUGUUGCUCCUCUAUUUUGCACUAUGAGCCAUUAUCAAUGGGUGUAAAUCUUAAUUUUCCUAUGUCUGGCUUUUAUAGAGUUAAACUAAGAUAUUCAGAGGAUAAUCUGCAAUUUUAAAACAAUUACAAAUGUAUUAUUCAUGAAUUUUCAGUCAAAUUAUUAAUGUAGUGUCUCAAACUUAAAUUUAAAAUGUAACUUUUCCUUUUCAUUGCUGAUAUGUCUUUAAAAAAAUUCAUGAAAAAAGCAGAAUUUUUUUAAAGCUUAAAUCAUGUCAGAAAAGAAACAGCACCAAAAAGGAGACAGGAACAGUAACAUGGUUACUGUUAUUCUCAUAAUUCACCUCUCCAAUGACUUACUGUUAAUCAAU